ACCCGGAAGCUGUCCUCCCCCCUCGCCUGCCGUGGCUUUCUCCUCCUUUACCAUUCGCCCCGCGCCCGAGGUGGAGCUCUUGCGGCGCAUGCGCGGUGGGGGCUCUCUGACCUUCAAGCCGCCGGGUCCGGGCGGGCAGCGCGCGAGGGAAGGAAGGGCCGCGCCUGGAAGAGAAGGAGAAGAAGGGAGGCCGCAGGCGGGGAAGGAAGGAGACGAGGAAAGGCCGCUGCCGUCAUGCUGUCCCGGGGAGCCGCCUUCGCCGCCGCCGCAGCCCUCUCGCAGCCGCAAUGGUAGGUGAAGGCCCUUCUGCUCCGAGGGGGUAAUGAGAGAGGGCACUCUGCACAUGCUCAGAGGUCCCACGAGCCACGAUUGAAACCUGACCUGCUGCUGCUGCUGCUAUUAUUAUUAUUAUUAUUAGGCAGCAGAUAUGUCCCAUUCAACCUCCAAUAUCUUCCCUCUCAAGGUUAUAAUUUUCUGCAUUUCAGGCUGCUAGUUGCAUUUUCCCCUCAGAACGCAGAAAAAGAAAAAAGCAGCUGGUCUGUGAAGCUUAACCUGCAUCCUCUUCUCUUCUUUUCUUUUCCUCUCCUCUCCACAUCCUGGGAAGGGGCAGCGUUUUGAAUUAUCUUUCAAUUGCUCCCCUCCCCCAGUAUUUUGCUGUUGCAUUGCAAUGCUUAACCUGCAUUAUUUCAGCCGCUUAACCUGCAUUAUUUCCACCGCCAGUCUAAGGAGUGUGGUGGGAUUUGCGGGGCAGGGGUGGCGCACCCGUAAAUCUGCGCCAAAUCUCUCUUUUCCCUUUGCCCUCCUCCUGUCAAGGUUUCUGCCCAAUCGUUUUGGCAUGGGUUGUCCACUUUCCAGCUUGUUUUUCAGCCUCUUUGCUUUACUGUUUGUGGGUCUCCAUAGUUUUCUACCUAUUGCAAGUGGGCCCUGCAACAAAAUGUUGCAGUGUGCAGUAUUCCUAGUUCAGCUGUCCCACUCCCAUAACAGCAAAGCACCAGUGCUUUGUGACUACUGAACAUCAAGCUGCCUUUGGGGGAUUCCCCCCCCCCCCAUUUAUAUAUUUUUGUACAUCUGCCAACUUUCGGGCUCACUCAUGCCUGCUGGUAUCUGCCUCUUACGCAUAGAUGAGGCUGUUUUGGUUGCAGAGAAUGAAUUCACUGUUGGCAUAUAUAUGAAUAUGAUAAAUAUAUACAGGCAACUCUCAGCUUACGCUGGGGUUAACAUUCCAGGGAUAGCAGCUAAAACCAAAAUCACGUAUAGUCAAAAAACAUUUGGUUCAGUGGCAGGUGGGAUUGCCAAAGUCUUUCUCCCCAGAUGCCUGCUGGCUUUAUUAUUAUUAUUAUUAUUAUUGCCAAGUACCACCUGUGAUUUUUUUUUUUUUUUUUGGUACCUACAGCAGUUCUUUAGGCCUUCAGAUGUGCCUCUGAACCUAGAAAAACUGUGAAACACCGUUCUUCCAGCGGGAAAUAACAUUUAAAGAAAUGAAGUAUCUGUUUUGUGUUUUUUUUUCAGGGUCCAAGUCAGGAAUAUGGCAACUUUGAAAGAUAGUAAGUAUUCUGUUCUAGAUGCAUACCCUGAAACGACUGCAGAGAAGGUAAACCUGUGAUCUUCUAGACGCUGUUCAUCUCCUCCUCCUGUCAGCACAGACAAUGGUCAGCGGUGAUGAGAACUGUAGUCAAACAUCUGGUUAUUCAUCCCUGCACUGGUAGAUUUGGCUGCAUAACACCAAUGCUCUACAGAUGGGUUGAUUUUGACUUGUUACAGAGACCAGUGCUCAAUUAGAUCCUUUUUUAAUGCUUCUUUUUCUCAGUGUCUCUUUGAAAUCCUCCCUUUCUUCAUUCACUCUCAUCUGUGCAGUUACCCGGCGUUUAAAGUCCAUCAAGAACAUCCAGAAAAUUACCAAGUCCAUGAAGAUGGUUGCCGCAGCAAAGUAUUCCAGGGCAGAGAGAGAGUUAAAGCCUGCCAGAGUUUAUGGAGUCGGGGCAUUGGGUAAGCAAAGUUGCCUUUCUUGUGGCUGAUCUUCAGGAAUAGCCUUUAAGUCAUGGGGGGGGGAAUUUGGGGGGUGGGAGGUGUGAGAUUUUGAUCAGCUCCUGCCCAUCUGGAGCUGAUACAGGCUCGUCUUAUCUUGAGCCCAAGCAGAGCGUAGUCACGCAACGAAAGGAUAAGCAGGUAAUGUGCUACAUGAUGAAGUUUAUUUACAAGCUAUGCUGAGAGCAUACAGACAUACAUCUUGCCUCUGUGAGAGCAGAGAAGCAACUCCCUCUCUAACAAAGAAACAACAGAACACUGAAAAACAGGAAACCAGUGUACGUCACAUCCAGUCUCCCAUUCCCGUGGGAACCCAACAGUAACUCUGACUGUGGAAUGUAAACAUUGUCUUGUGACAAGCAUUUGCUGCACAGUGAAGAAAGCAGAAACCAACAGGAGGGAUAAUUUCCUGACCUAUAACUUUCUGAUGAACUACUUCUAAGUAGACUUGCAAAUUAUCUUUAAAAUUUGCAUUAACUUUGGACCAUUGGAAACGAUGAUACGUUAAGUUAGCUCAAAAGUUUGAUGUUUCUCUAGAUUUAUAAAGCGCUGGUCCUUUAAAGCAGAGAUAAAGAGCCUGUGGUCCUCCAGAUGUUAAAUUCCUUCCAGCCAUAGCGAGCAUGACCAGUGAACAACAUCUGGAGAGCCAAAGGUUCCCUACCUCCUUUCUUGUUUACUUUUAUAUAUUGCUUCAUGCAUUGAGAGAUGCCCUAAAGUGAUUUACAAUUGUUGUUUAGUCGUUUAGUCGUGUCCGACUCUUCGUGACCCCCUGGACCAGAGCACACCAGGCACUCCCGUCUUCCACUGCCUCCCGCAGUUUGGUCAGACUCAUGUUUGUAGCUUCGAGAACAAUAAUUUACAAUAAUAAAAUACAAAACUCAUAAAGAAUUCAAGAAAAUGAUACAAAUAUAAAAUACAGUACCAAGUUUUGUUUUAAAGAAAGUAAUCCAAAACAACAUUAAAUAUUGUUCUAAAUAAAUUCAAACUGCCAAGCCAAAUUCUACACCAAAAUAGACUGAAUUCAGCAGCCUCCAUAAAUGUAUGGGAAUCAAGCAUAUUUUUAUAUAUUGGAUUGUUCCCAACAAAGUCGUCCCAUUAGUGCAAAGAUGUUUGGGAACCCCCAGAACCGGGGAGGGGGGAUGACAUGGCAGGAGGGGAAAUGAAUUUGAAGUUAUGUUGUGCAAGCGUCACCAAAGAACUUUGUUGGAUACAAGCCAUUGUAAUUUUACAUUGUUUAAAGUAUUUCUCCUACAAGGGGGUUGAUAAGAAGCUAUUGAAGAUGUUGAACCACCUACCCCAUCACUGUUGAAAAAACGUCUGAGCCCCCUUUGGUUUUAAACACUUUGCUAGGUAUUGCUCACACACUCAAGAGCCUAUCUAUAUGGUCAUGACUAGAAACUUGAGAGUGGCUUUUGUUGCUAUUAUGAAAAUUUCACAACAUUGUAUUCUGUCAUUGACAUAUUUUGUGCCUGUGCGGAAAAUACCUUGUCCUUGAUUGCAUAUAGUGUCUCGCCUGCUGUUACUAGGGGUGCAACAGUCCCUUCAUGCUGAUGGAAUAAUAAUAAUUUAUUUAUACCACGCCUAUCUGGCUGGCUACCCAGCCACUCUGGGCAGCUUCCAACAAAAUAUUACCAUACAAUAGUCUAUUAAACAUUAAAAGCUUCCCUAAACAGGGCUGCCUUCAGAUGUCUUCUAAAAGUCUGGUAGUGGUUUUUUGUUUUUUGUUUUUUGACAUCUGGUGGGAGGGCAUUCUACUGGGCGGGUGCCACUACCGAGAAGGCCCUCUGCCUGGUUCCCUGUCACAGCAUAUAGGCCGUGACUUAAUCUCAAAUGGUGUGUGCUGAGGUUUGGUAACUCAAACAUUGGGUCGUCAACAAGCUUUCAAAAUGCAGAAAAGUAAAUCAUGCUGAAGAAGCUCAUAGUUUCUGUUGCGUGACCUUGAUCUGUCUGUUGGAAUUUGAUUAAGUAACAGGUGGUGGGGCAGUAUUUCUUGUAGAAGUGGUUCUUAUUGGAAGUACUGUAGUUCAUAGAAUCUUAGAGCUGGAAGGGACCCAAGGGUCAUCUAGUCCAACCCCCCCCCCCCAUGCAGGUACCUCAGCUAAAGCAUCCAUGACAGAUGGCGGGAAGGAAGGAAGUUCUACCACGUAUCAUUUGAUGCCGCUGUAUUUUGAUGGCUGCUAAUAAUGCCUGCUGUUGGCUGUGUCCCCUCUUCUCUUUACUAGCUCUUUAUGAAAAAGCGGAAAUCAAGGCCCCUGAGGACAAGAAGAAGUAUCUUCUCAUAGGGGUGUCUUCCGAUCGUGGCCUCUGCGGUGCUAUCCACACUUCUGUGGCUAAAAAUAUCAAGAGCCAAGUCACCGCCCUCACAGAUGCGGGUAAAGAGGUCAUGUUAGUCGGAAUCGGUGACAAGCUGAGAGCCAUUCUUCAGAGGUAAUGGGGAACAGCAGCCCUUUCCUUGAAUUUGAACCUUUCUUUCCACUGGUUAAAAGGUAAAGGGACCCCUGACCAUUAGGUCCAGUCGUGACCGACUCUGGGGUUGCGGCAAUCAUCUCGCUUUAUUGGCUGAGGGAGCCGGCGUACAGCUUCCGGGUCAUGUGGCCAGCAUGACUAAGCCGCUUCUGGCGAACCAGAGCAGCGCACGGAAACGCCGUUUACCUUCCCGCCAGAGCGGUACCUAUUUUAUCUACUUGCAGUGGCGUGCUUUCGAACUGCUAGGUUGGCAGAAGCAGGGACUGAGCAAUGGGAGCUCACCCCAUCGCGGGGAUUUGAACUGCUGACCUUCUGAUCAGCAAGUCCUAGGCCCUGUGGUUUAACCCACAGCGCCACCCGUGUCCUUUUCCACUGGUAGUUUUGCAUUAAUCUCAAAGGCUGUAAUGAGCUUCCUUCUGAGAAAGCUGUCUUAGGAGCAACUGAAUAUGCUCAGAAUUGUAAUGUACGGCAGUGAUACUUACCCGAAGACUGCUGAGGGUGAGCUGAUGUGUAGGAUGCAUCCGACAGGACCAUAGGAUCACUGCACCUGUGCUUGAGGGCUAAGGCUUAAUUGCUCAGAAGCUGGAAGGUUGAGGCAGGUUUAAGCCCCAGAAUGUAGUGGAUGGUGAAAAGGAUGGAGGUGCUCAGUGGACUGGAAUACAAAGAAAGAAUUUUAUGGAAUACAAAGAAAGAGUUGCCCAGUCGGUGCCAACCUGUGACAGGACCUUUUCAGUGAUGGGUCCCCAGUUGCAGAAUGCCGUCCCUAGUGGGGAGCAUCUGUCUCCAUCAUCAUCAUUAACUUUCAUUAGGUAUUCGUAAACAUUCCUGUCUAUGUCAUCGUUUCAUCACACUAGCAAUGGGUGCGGCCCUCAUUAGCCCUGCAUUUAUGGGCCAGGGGAAGUUUCUGGGCGCUUCUCAAAACCAGCCCCGUAUAGAACUCAUAGCAGUUGGAUAAUAACUGAAGCGUGUUUCACUGUGGCCGGAUCUACCGUAUUUUUCGCUCUAUAGGACGCACCAGAUGAUAAGACGCACCCAGUUUGGGGGAGAGGAAAACAAGAAAAAGAAUAUUUUGAAUCCCAGAAGCCAGAACAGCAAGAGGAUCUGGCUUCUGGGAUACCUUGUGGCUGUUCUGGCUUCUGGGAUAACCGCGCCAAGCCUCUUCAUGGCAGCGGAAUGAAGGCUCCCCCUGCCUGAAUAGGCUGCGCGCAGCUAAAGCAGAAGCCAGGGCAGGCGCGUCACUGAAGGGGCGCUGCACAGUUCUCCCUCUCUGCGCAGCACCCCUUCAAGCGAAGCUGGAGAAGGAACAGGAGACCCUUCUGUUCCUUCUCCGGCUUCGCAGGACAGGCGCCUCGCUGCGAAGCUGGAGGAGGAACAGAAGGAGACCUUUCUGUUCCUCUUCCGGCUUCCAGGCAGGCGCGUGGCUGAAGGGGCACUGCACAGUUCAAGCAAAGCUGGAGAAGGAAAAAAGGGGCUGCGUUCCUCCUCCCACUCGCUGAAGGGGCGCUGCGCAGCUCUACCUCUCUGCGCAGCGCCAUUCACUCCAUAGGACACAUUCACAUUUCCCCUUUAUAGGAGGAAAAGAGUGCGUCCUAUGGAGCGAAAAAUAUGGUGCUUUACACGCGGGCUCGCUUUUGUUUUAGGACACACAGCAAGAACUUCUUGUUGAACUUCAAGGAAGUGGGGAGGAAGCCUCCCACCUUUGGAGAUGCGUCGAUCAUUGCCCUGGAACUGCUGAAUUCUGGAUACGAAUUCGAUGAAGGAGCAGUCAUCUAUAAUCGGUUCAGGUAAGAGAAAGCAUAAAUUCCAUCAUUUUCAAGGGGAAUAAAAGAAUUGGGCGGGGAGAGGUCAGUAGAUUUGAAUAUAGUUUAGCGUUUUAAUGUAGGUUUUUAGCUUGGUGUCUGAAUGUAGGUUUCUGUUAGGUGGCUCCAAGUGCCACCAGGAUAAUAGAGGAAGUUCUGCAUGCUGCUUAAGUGUGUCUGGAUUUUAACAUUUGGCAGGCAGAUGCUCUCAAGCCAUGUCACUAAAACUGUUCAGCAGAGCUUUCUUUUUCUUUUAGGUCCGUCAUCUCCUACAAGACAGAUGAGAAACCCAUCUAUUCUCUUGAGACUGUUUCUGGUGCUGGUAAGUAGACUUUGGCUAGUUAGUGGAGUAAACAAUUGCAUUUUUAGGGACAUUUCCCCCUUGCGUGCUAUUGCUUCUUAUGCUGAUUAAAGUUUGUGUUUCCAUAAGUGCUUAACUGCAAAAGGCCAAACCAUUGCCCUUAUCUAUCGCACUGUGGGUAGGAAGCAAAGAAUUUUGGUCUAAAAUUAUCAAUGCUGUAUUUAGACGCAUUGUCGUUACUACUACUACUAUUAUUACUAUUGUAUUCUUUGCCUCUUAUUUUGCUUUUUAAAAGGCACGAUUAGAGCUAACAGUGUGCAAGUGCCAGUUGAAUUUUGUAAAAUAGAAAUUGCUUAUAGCUGAAGAGCUAAGGAAUUACUGUGUGUUUUUCUUUUUUAAAAAAAAAAGCUGAUUGCUAAUCUACAGUGGUUUUGAAAUUCCAUCAUAUAUGCGUUUGGCUUGCUAUUACUGUAUCUGAUAAAUCUUAACUAAUAAACCACCUAUAUUAUUGUUCUUCGUUUUUCAGAAAGCCUUAGUAUCUAUGAUGAUAUUGAUGCAGAUGUCCUGCGAAACUAUCAGGAAUUUACAUUGGCAAACAUCAUCUUCUACUCAUUAAAGGAGUCUACUACUAGUGAGCAAAGUGCAAGGAUGACUGCCAUGGACAAUGCCAGCAAGAAUGCUUGUAAGGAACUCUCCAUGCAGUUUACAGUGUACCGUGAUAAGUUAGCAGCAAAAGCAGAAACUACCAAAAUUUAGAUAAGAGGCCCAGUGGAGAGCAGGCAAGAUUCUGUUUUGUGGGGAUGUUUAGGGAGGCAGGAGAGGAUAUAUUAUUUAAUGAUCUCCUUCCUAACUUGCGCUAGCAAGUUCCGUAUCCUAGCACAGUUCCAAACAUCCCCCUUUUUAAAUUACACAGCGGUUAGCUUGUUGCUGGCUUGUCUGAGCCUCACUACUCAAGAUUCCUGGUAAGAUCCCUUCUAAUCCCUCUUAAAAAGAAUAGACAUGAGAAUCUGAUUAAGCUUAAUAUAAAAGUAGUUUACUCACAAAUUCAUUCAGGUUCACAGAUAGAUCCCUGAAGGCAGACUUAGGCUACACAAGUAUGUAACUAUAUAAACUGUCCCAUAAGGGAACUGGUUCCAAGUGACUGCGAUUGAGCAGUCACUUCACCUAACAUACAGAAACACAAAAUGGAGAAGAAGAAGAACAAAACAACAUGGAGGAACGUCUGCUUCUCUGCCCAGAAUAGGCUAUACCCUCUUAAAGUCACAUGCAGUGGAAGUCUGUCCCAGCUCAGGAGGAAACAGGACGUUUUCUCCUGAGUGGUACAAAACAUCCCCCAACAUGUCCACUGUAGGAAUGUUGUACUUGACUGCUAUAAGUUUCACAUCCCACAUGUUUACAUACCAGCUAGAAUAGCUGCCUUUUAGUUAUUUGCUUCACAAAAAUACCUUGGCUUUGUUAAGACAACCCUACGGCUUCAGUCCUAGGCACACUUACUUGGGAGUAUGCGCCAUUGAACUUACUGAGCAUUGUAGAUAGGACUGCACUGCACUUGCCUAAGGACAGUCUGGCUAGAGUUCAUUAUAAUGGAAAGCGAUAACAGAAAUUGUCAUGGAUAGAAAAGACCGUAUAGAAAUUAGCCCUUGGCCCAGAAAGUAGCUGGUAGAAUCCUUGAUGCUGUACCCUUUCAUAUUCAGAGAUUCGCAAUAUUUACAAAAUUUCAAGUUUAAAGUAACUUAAGUCCUUGGUUCUGAGCAAGCAAGAAAGCAGAUUAUAUAAAGUACUCAAAACGCUUCCUUACUUAAAACCAGUGGGCAAAGUAAAAUGGCUGAGUAGCUUAAGAUUUAUUGAUACUUUUGUCAUGGAACUUCUCCCGUCUCCCUUUCUAGCUGAGAUGAUUGACAAGCUGACUCUGACUUUCAACCGUACCCGCCAAGCUGUCAUCACCAAGGAGCUUAUUGAGAUCAUCUCUGGUGCUGCUGCGCUGUAAGUAUUGGCAUACGAGUUUCCAACCUUUAGGUCUUCUGUUCCGCGAGGUUGAAUGGGGCAGCGAAUUUUCCAUUUAUGCUUAAAAAAAAAUCAGUGAUCAGUGCAUGGCACAGUUUGGCACCACCCCCUCCCCGUUAAUUCCAAACAUACAACAGUGGUUGUUGGCUAAUACUGGAGUUUUCUUGCAGGAUAUUGCUUUUCUCUGUGUCCUGCACCUGAGUUGAUGCACAUGUAUUUUUUGGAAGGGUGCUUACUAAGGCUGCACACUAACCACGUUGCGUCCAAGUUCCCAUUGUUAGGUCCAGGGUGGGUGAGGAAGAAUGGAGAGGAACCCUGCUUGCCUUUGGCAAGACAACAAACAAUAACAGAAUGCAACAGCCUUCAAUGGUCUUUGCUCCCCAGCAACUUAGAUUUAGAUUUUGAACACAGCGACUCCAUGUAACCAUUAUGGUUAAUAAUCAUCAGUUUAGAUGGCUGUCAGUGGCCGUCUCCAUCUCUUGUGGCAGUGAAUUCCCUAUGUCAGUUCUAUGCUGACUUGAACUUUUUUCCCCUGAAAAGCUCAGUCUGCAGCUUUCCUUUGGAUCAAACUCUCUCCACAGAAUGCUGAAGUGCAUCCUCAGCAUGCCUUGAAAUCAUGCAAUUAAGCUGGAGAAAAAUGGCAUUUUGUAUAAUGGAAAGCAAUUGUGACUUUAAUCCAUGUGUUAAUCAGUAUAUCUCUUUAGUUGAUCUGACUUCCAACAGUGUUUUUGCUAUGCAUUGCAUGUUUUGCCUUAAUUUACAUUGCUAAUUGCUUCACUGCAUGUUUUUGUAUUGUUCUUUUUACCAUUCCACAACUAGGAACUAAGGGGUAAUCAGAAAGUGAGGGUCGUCCAAAGUCAACAGGUAAAGUGGUGCUGGAAAAUAGAUGGAAAGGGUGGUGAAAUAAAAAAAAAAAAUAGAAUGUAGUUAAAGUACUUAGGAUGUUUGUUCUAGAAGUGCUUGUUUAUGAAUGUCUGGUAUUGCAUGAAUACUUGCAUCCUGCAAAAUUUUGCUUAAAAUCAAUCCACGCAUUUGGCAGAAAUGAAAUCAAAGUGCAAUGUUUUUCUAGACAACGCUAGAGAGAUAUGGUGGAAGGGUGUUGUAGAGACAUGCUUGAUACUAUCUUUAAAUGUGUAGCUUCAAAUGUUCUGGAAAUACUACACUGCAGUUGUACUUAAAAUUCCACAGCAAGAUGUUCAGUUGUCUCAUCCUUGAGGUGGGAUUAUCAGUGGAGUUCAAGAAAUUACGGAGUUGCAAAUAAUUGAAAGGCAGUUUCUUUCUUAAAGAUAGUCCUGCCUCAUCUCUUCCCUACUCAUGAAGCCUGUCCUAAAGUGUCUGCAAAGUGGGAGUGUAGAAAGUGCUUUGAGGAAACUGGCAGCUUAGGUCAUGGCACUUAUGAUGACCACGUUGUACAAAGGCAAAGGAUUUCCUUCAGAUCAGACUGGUCUUUGAAGUAUAGGCAUAUCUGCUGGUAUAUUUCCACAGUUACUUUUUGUGAGUUACCUUUUGCAAAGGACUGUCACCCGAUUCAAGAAACAGAAAUCAAUUAACCACAAGCAUUGAUCUCUAAAAUCUGUACACAUUUUCAUAUGACAAUAGCUUUGACAAAAACAACAACACAUACUUUAUGUCUCAUCUGAGAUGAUGUCGUCCAAAAAAAAAUUAGUUGCAUAAACAUUUCUAUUAGCAAUACCUUUAUCGUAGUGUACAAUGCCUUUUAUACAGUUUAAAAGUUUCAAUAGACUGAGAUCAGUUUGAUGUAAAGACUGCUUCCCUAGUUUAAAUUACUUAAUAGGUCCAUUGCAUUCUAUGGAAUGUUUUACAGUGCUGUCGUGGUCUGUUUAGAAUUUUAAAAAUGAAACUUUUAAGAAAGGACUAACACAGCAAGGAGAAAAUGAGAAACCGUUCGGGUUCUGCAGCAAUUUAGCAAUUAGUAAACAAAGCUGCCGAUCCCGUCAGAGUGACAUUCAAACUUCCCUUAAUGCAAUGUUUUUCUCUGUAGGUAAAGAAGAAAAGCUGUUCUGGCAAGCAGUUUCUCCCGCUUCCUUUCUAGAGAGACGAAAUUAUUGGUCUGUCAUUCUGUGAAGGAUUUUCAGGCAAAGAAUCCCAACUGUUUGUAAAUCAUAUUAUAAUAAAGUCCUACAUGAAAAGAGCUGGCAUGGUUCUUUGGGUAUGUGAAACUGGGGGUGGCUGGA